UGUUGACAACAUACCUGACCUCCUGCAUGAGCACUGGUGCUUUCUUCCCUUUAUAUCCCUGAGAACUGGCUAAGAGGAGAUAACAUGAAGCCUAAAUCUCUCCCAUCACGGUUGUUUAACAGAAACUCAGCUGCAGCAUCAGGUGAGGCUCUGAGCGUAGGAGCCGCACGCAAGUACCAGCGACAUGUGGACUGCGCGGAGGACUCUUCCUCCACGGACAGCGAGUCGGUGGCAGACAGCAGCAGACAACACGAGCGGUGCCACAGAGAAAUACACUUUGCUUUUCUGCCGGAGAGGUACGAGCCGCUGACGGAUGAUGAAGCGAAGGAAGCGAAGAAGAAGCGAAAGAAGGAAAAGUACAAAAAAGUCAAGAAGAACGUUGGCAAAGCUCUGCGCUCCACCUGGAAAUGUAUGAUGCUUGGUCUCUACAACUUUGCUCUGGGUUACUCCACUCCCAUCACCGUGGCUGCUACUUUUGUCCCUGACUUUCACCGAGGGAGAAGCUGAGCUGAUGCACCUGGAUCUCGUUUCCAGAUCCAGUUUUAUUUUUGUAAUUUUUACAAGCUAUUGUGUAUAUAACAACAA